AGGAGAGAGAGGUGGAAAGGGGACAAAGCAGGUCUGCUUGGUGGUGGAUGGAAGUAACUUUCCUUUCCAUGAGCUAAAACAAACAAGACCAACGACCAACGUUUUUUGAGCACAUGUUGUGUUUGCCCUUUUUCUCUUACAUUUAUAUAUGAUGAUUAAGAUUUACGUGUAUAUAUAUACUUUGUUUGGGGAGCCACGUGUGGGGUUCACAGUUCACACCAUUGCUGACAGAUACAAUAAUAAUGACCUUCUUCCUUUCCUUCCUCCUGCUCCUCCACUGUGCUUAAACUCAUUAAUAAACCAAACACAGGCAAAAGAAAAGGGUGUUACUGUGUUAGUGUGUUACCUUUACCACUCAGAAACAAUGGAGAGUAAGAGAAAAAAUGGUGGGAAGGGAGAGAUUGUGGAUGGUUCCAAGAUUAUGGAGUUAGUUGGAAACGAGCAAGUUUUCAGCAACUUUGUGGACCAUAAGUUUGAUGAGUUGGAUAAAGACAGAGAUGGCAAACUCUCCAUGAAGGAGCUUGAACCUGCCGUUGCUGACAUUGGUGCUGGUCUUGGUUUGCCUGCUCAAGGCACUAGUCCUGAUUCAGAUCACAUCUAUUUUGAGGUCUUGAAUGAAUUCACCCAUGGCAAGCAAGAAAAAGUGAGCAAGACUGAGUUCAAAGAGGUUCUCUCGGACAUUCUUUUGGGCAUGGCUGCUGGACUAAAGCAAGACCCUAUUGUUAUACUUCGCAUGGAUGGGGAAGAUCUUCUUGAGUUUGUUAAUGGUCCAAGUUAUGAAGCAGAAAUGGCAUCCAUUUUUUCUCAGAUUGAGUCCCCUAGUGGAUCCCUUCGUGAACAUGUGAUUGAAGCUUUUGGGAGACUCACUGUUGAUCAAGGAAUUCCUCCAACAUCAGAUUCUUGGGUUUUCAACAACAUUGUGGAUCCAGCACUAUCUCAAGCUGGCCCUGCUUUGGACAAGCCUGCUGCUCAAGAGACAUUUUUGGAAGAAUUUAAGAAAGUGGCAUUGAGCGUGGUUGAUUUUCUUAAAGAGAAACCUGUCAUUGUUGCCCACAGUGAAAACACAUUUGAUGGACGCGGUGUCAAGAGACUUUUAUCCAACAAGUUUGAAUUAGACAGGACGUUGAACUUAGCUUUAGAGAAUCUGCCGAAAGAUCGCAACGUAAAAAUAUCAAAGGACUAUCUGCAGGUGGCACUAGAUCUGGUGUCUCCAUCUGCUGGUUUACCUCCAGUUGGUGCAAUUGAAGAGAUUGAUAAGGUUAUUGUUGAAGCCUUUAAGAUGGUGAAUGCAGAUGACACCAAGACAGUUAAAGAAGACGAAUUCAAGAAAAUUUUAAGUGAAAUACUGGGUAGUAUCACGUUACAGUUAGAGGCAAAUCCCAUAUCUGUUUCUUCCAAUUCAGUUGUGCAUGAGCCUUUAGGCUCAUCUUCUACACUCUUGCAGCCAUCUAGUGAAACAGCAUAAUUGUCUCAAGUUUGUGACGGGUCAAAAACUAAGUACAAUAAGAUUUUUUAUUCAUGGAAAUUGUUACUGACAUAGUUUAUCUUUUAAGAAAUCACUUUGUAUGA